AAAUAUGCUGAAUCAAGAAACAACCCUGAUGACAAAAAAACGGAUAGUUAUGACAUAAGUUUCCUUAUGUCUGGAAAUGAAGAAGGAGGUGGAUAUGCUGGUUAUUCUCAUAUUGAUAGUGUUUGCUUCUUUAUACAAAGGAAUGCUGUUGGAAUGAUGAAACUUCAUCUGAAGAAUGGAAAGCCUAAAGGCAGUGAUGCUCAUAUAGUGCUUGCUCAUGAGCUUGGACAUGUUAUGGGAGUUUAUGAUCAUGAUGGAGAGAAAUCUGCUGGAAAAUGCCGGGGGAAUACUAUAAUGACACCCAUUACUGGACCUCCUAAUACAAAAUGGAGUGAAUGCUCAAGGAAGCAGAUAGAUGAUGCAUAUGACAGACGUGAGAGUAACAAGAACACUUAUGGAAACUGCUUUUAUGUUUAAGCCUUUAGAAGUAGUUGUGAUUAAGAAUUAGAAAUAAAUAGUCUGGAAAUUUAAAUUGCAUAAUAAACCACUGCUUCUUAAAAGAAUAAUAAAAAAGAUUACCAAUA